GCUGGUUCCUUUUUGGUUCCAUUGUUUGGUUCCACCUUCCGUUCCUUUCUUCCCCCCAUUUAGGUCCCUCAAAAACCCUAACGAAAUUUGGCAAUUAUCGUAUCGUGAAAGAGAGUGAGAAUGGCGGAGCACUUAGCUUCGAUCUUCGGCACAGAGAAGGACCGUGUGAAUUGUCCUUUCUAUUUCAAAAUUGGCGCUUGUCGGCACGGCGAUCGUUGCUCUCGCCUCCACAAUCGCCCCACCAUUUCUCCAACUCUCCUUCUCUCCAACAUGUACCAGCGUCCCGACAUGAUCACCCCAGGCGUCGACCCUCAAGGCCAGCCCAUCGACCCUCGCAACAUUCAACAACACUUUGAGGAUUUCUACGAAGACAUUUUCGAAGAACUUGCCAAGUUCGGCGAGAUCGAGUGCCUCAAUGUCUGUGAUAACCUAGCCGAUCACAUGAUUGGCAACGUCUAUGUCCAGUUCAAGGAGGAAGAUCAGGCCGCUGCUGCCUUGCAGGCUCUGCAAGGUCGCUUCUACUCCGGUCGCCCUAUCAUUGCCGAUUUCUCUCCUGUUACCGAUUUUCGUGAAGCAACGUGCCGUCAGUUUGAGGAAAACAACUGUAACCGUGGCGGUUACUGUAAUUUCAUGCAUGUGAAGCUCAUUGGGAGGGAUUUGAGGAGGAAGCUCUUUGGGAGAUAUCGCCGCUACUGGGGGAGUCAAAGCAGGAGCAGGAGCAGGAGCAGGAGUAGGAGUGUGAGCCCCCAUUACCGGAGGGACUAUCGCGAUCGCAACCGUGGUGAAAUCCGAGGCAGUGGACGGAGGAGCGGUGAGAGGCGUGGGAGGUAUGACAGCGAUGUUGGACGGAGGCGGCAUGGCAGUCCGAGGAAAGGUAGGAGUCCGGUGAGGGAAGGGAGUGAGGAGCGCAGAGCUAGGAUUGAACAAUGGAACCGAGAGAGGGAGGAGAGGCGGUGAUGAUGCGAUUUUUAGAUUCUUUUUGAUGAGUGGAGAUGAUGGCUUUGGCAUUUUUCUCUUGUUGUGAUUUAAUGACAUUUGGAGAUGAGUGGGCCCAAAACAUGCCAAGUGUAAAGCUGUUUGGCAUGCAUUACUUGAGGGCAUGUUUGUAUCCUUGUAUCAUGAACAUUGAAUCGCUUGAGUGUUCAACUUCAUCUUUUAUGGAGGAAAACCUGCAAUAUUUGUGGAUUAUCUUCUCGAGAAAUAUGUUGUUUGCUAGGCAUGACUUUUUAAUCAUUCCGAGAGAUAAAGGACAUUCAAAGUUGAUAUGAUCUUUUAAUACAGAUACUGAAAGGCAUCAGUUGAAAAUUCUUUCUCAGGCAGUUUCUACCGUGAAGUUGAAAUUGUAUGCAUGCCUUGGGACAACUGAUGCUUGUGUGGUUAGAUUUGUUAGAAAAAACACAACAUUGCAGAGCUGAGAAGCCAAACUUGGGGUCGCAUUGUUUUGAGAAGGUGAUUAUACUACAUCUUCCAUUUAAUUGUUCCUGUUCAUGACUUGUAUGAUUGCCUUACCUAGCUAGUAGCUUAUAUUCUGCAAUUUUUGUUAUUGAUCUUUAAAACUGUUCUUUCCUAGAGCCUUUUGUGUUGGAGAAAAUCAUCUGUUGCAUCUUACUUUUCCUGUGACAUCUCGUGCUUAUCAAGUUUGUUCAUGGAUAUAGGAUUUCUCCUACGGGUUUGAUUGUUAAGAAGACUUCUGGAAGGAAUGAAAUUUUGAAAUCUGAUAAUUGAUAGGGGCUAUGAACUUGGGUUUGCAUCUUAUAUUCUGCAGAUAUUAUGAUAUUGUAUAGACCUUAUUUUACAAGUCUUUGGUAUAGGAUGAUCACCAGGGCAUCAGGUUGGAAUUGAAUAGUGUUGAUAGCCCAUGGAGAGUGACGGCUAUGAAAUUGGGGAAGAAUUUUUUUUCUUUUUCUUUUUUUCUUUUUCGGGUUGUGAGCUCACUGCGUAGUUGGUAUAAACUGGCCAUGUUUCUGAAUCUUUUGUUCUUGGAAACAGCAAAGGGUGGUGUUUGAGUUGCUUGAAGCAGGUGACAUUCAAUCCCAAUACCAUUAGGCCAUGGGGCAAAUGGUUGACAACAUGACCAGGUGGGAUAUUGUACACCUCCUUUAUUGGUCUGAAACUACUACUAAAUGCAUUUUGUAUGUUAGUUUAGGUGGAAGUGGACUUUUUUCAGAAUGUAACUUGGCCCAGAUUUUCUCCUCAGUGCACCCUUGUGACUGUUAUACGUCUCACGGCUGCUAGAUUCUUUUUUUCUGAAGCCAAUGUUUAAUGUUGGGAAAGCAUAAGGGAUGGUUAUUAUUCAGACUUGAGUGAUGCUGCAGGAAAGAAUAUUGGCCGUUCCUGACAGAUACUGAUAGCUUUGGAAUGAGUUGGGGUGCAUGCUUCUUUUACUAUGAAGAAAUUUGGUAUUGAUUUUCUAUCAUUAUUGCUGUAAGUGUGGCAUGUCUCCUGCAGAUAUUUUUCUGGUUUUCCCUUCUCUCUCCCAUGUGUGGAUGCCCUGAUGGGAAUAUAGGUAGCAGAUUCCUGGCUGUGUUUGUCAAUCUUCAUCUUUGUGAUGGAAAUGACCAUGUCUUUGCUUUGAGGACUGGACUAAUUUACCUACCAAGAACAAAUGUUUUCCUCAAAUCCCAGCUAUCUCAUCUCAAUAUAUAUAUAUAUAUAUAUAUAUUAUUUCUUGCAUAAAAAAGGAUAGCUUCUGUGUCAGCAAUCCUGUUUCGAAUUGGUUUUUUCUUGGUUUAUUUUAACUCUUGGUUUGGAGAGAGUAUUCGGCUGAAGCCCAGAUCGAACUUGCAUCUUUGCCAACAAAUGUUGAUGAAAGCUUUUUGCUAGUGAAGCCAGAAGUCUGGGAGGGGAAAGAAAAAGACAAUUAGGGAUGGUUGAUCAAAUCACCAUGGUUAAUUCAGUUAUUGAAACUUUUGUAGUGUGGUACAAGGUAUACUAUGAUGUUCUCUGUCAAA